UGACCUUCCCCAAGGGACGCUGCCACUCGCGGGGGACAGUCCCAGCGUCCGUCCCCGGGGUGCCCGUCAGGCUGCGGAGCGGCUGUUUCCCGGCUGUUUCCCGGCUGUUUCCCGGCUGUUUCCCGGCUGUUUCCCGGCUGUCUCGGCGGCGGCGGCAGCCGGCGAGGAGGCUUUGGAGGGGCUGCUUAUGGCGUGAUAGAGAAGGAGAAUUUAGCCUACAGAAAGGAGCCGCUUGUUCGGCUCCGGAGGCGAGUUCAUGGCUGAGCCUUUGUCUGGCAGAGACAGGGAGGGCACAGUCCGGGAGCUGCUGCGGGUUCCCCAGGCACGGAUAGCGAUGCCGGCAUCUCAGCUCCCUGCGUACCCUGCGCCUGCUUGUCCCCUUCGGGCGGGUGUCGUGGUGGCCGUGUUCCCGAGCCAGGCGUGCCAGUGGAUCAGCUAAACCCCGGGGAUGACGAGCACCGUCGCAGCUGAGCGCCAGCCGGGGCCGGGACCUGGAGGAGCCGCCGGGGCGCGGUGCCGCGGCUGAGGCCGGCGCGCCGAGCUGUGCCGGACCCCUCAGCAGAUGCUCCUUGCCCGGCACGCGGAGCCACCGGGGGCCCUCGCCGCGGCCGGACAACGCGGAUGGAAAGCUGCAGCCCAGCAGGGAGCCUCGCUGGCCGGCUGACGCCCUCCCGCGCCCUAUGCCCGCGCCCUGUGCCGGAGCGGGCGCCGUCCCCGGCUCAGCCACCCGACGACCAUGAAGUGCUCGUUGCGCUUCUGCUUCCUCUCGACCGCCUUCCUGCUCGUCUUCGUCAUGUCCCUCCUCUUCACCUACUCCCACCACAGCAUCGCCUACCUGGACCCCGGCGGGCUGGGCGGCAUCCACCGCGUGAAGCUGGUGCCCGGCUAUGCCGGGAUGCAGCGGCUCAGCAAAGGGGGGCCGUACCCCCGGGGCUGCUCCUGCCGCCGCUGCCCGGCCGAGGAGCCCGGAGCCACCGACUGGUUUGAUGGGCGCUAUGAUGGCACCGUGUCCCCAGUGUGGACCAAGGAGAACAUGGACCUACCGCCCGACGUUCAGAGGUGGUGGAUGAUGCUGCAGCCCCAGUUCAAGUCCCACAACACCCACGAGGUCCUGAGCAAGCUCUUCCAGAUCGUGCCAGGCGAGGAUCCCUACCGCUCCCGUGACCCACGCCGCUGCCGCCGCUGUGCCGUGGUUGGCAACUCAGGCAACUUACGCGGCUCUGGUUACGGACCGGAAAUCGACGGGCACGACUUCGUGAUGCGGAUGAACCAGGCCCCCACGGUGGGCUUUGAGGGCGAUGUGGGUGGUCGGACCACACACCACUUCAUGUAUCCCGAGAGUGCCAAGAACCUGCCCGCCAACGUCAGCUUUGUGCUCGUGCCCUUCAAAACCCUGGACCUGCUCUGGAUCGCCAGUGCCCUCUCCACCGGCCAGAUCAGGUUCACAUAUGCACCUGUGAAGCCUUUUCUGCGUGUGGACAAAGAAAAGGUGCAGAUCUACAAUCCUGCCUUCUUCAAGUACAUCCAUGACCGCUGGACGGAACACCAUGGGCGCUACCCCUCCACUGGCAUGCUGGUGCUCUUCUUUGCCCUCCAUGUCUGCGAUGAGGUGAACGUCUUUGGGUUCGGUGCUGACAGCCGAGGGAACUGGCACCACUACUGGGAGAACAACCGCUACGCCGGGGAGUUCAGGAAGACGGGGGUGCACGAUGCUGACUUUGAGGCACACAUCAUUGACAUGCUGGCCAAAACCAGCAAGAUCGAGGUUUACCGGGGAAACUGAGGGCUGAGUCUCUGGCUCCCUGCUCCAGCAAGUCCUACUGCCUGCAGGGGCAGAGAGUGAGGGUCUCCCUGGUGGCCUCAGGCAAGGAGCACGUAUGGGCAGCGCAGUUCCGCAGUGCUGACAGAGCCACCAUGGUGGUAUUUGGUGCCUCCAGCAGCCAAUCAGGUACAGAGCUAAAGGAGACUUUUUGCUUUUUUUUAAUUAUUAUUAUUAUUAUGAUGAAACCCAGCUGAGAAAGGAUUUAUAAACACAAUCAGUGACUGACCAGGCGGCAGGGGUGGCCGCCUUGCAUCUCUCUACAGUCAAACCAAAUGCUGCUCUUUUUAAAAGAAGACAACCCCCCUGCCCCAAAGCCACGUGACUUUGAGGAGCCCCUCGAGCAUCGCGCCCAGGCCGAGGGGGCUGAGGGAGCUGUGGCGGCUGCGCAGCCUCACCAGUGGAACCAGCUGCUUCUUUUUUCCUUUAUUUUGAUAUUUUUCUUUUACCUCCCCUUGGGGCACCCGAUGCCGUUGUUUCUCCAGGGAAGGUUCCUGGCACACAGGCAGGUCCCAGCACAUGGAUCCGUGGUGGGGAGCCAGAAGCUUCAGGAAGCCGACCAUUGCUGAUACUCUGCUGCAGGCCAGCAACUGCUGGCACAGCUGUGCAGGGAGGAAUCUCAGCUUUGGGGUGCAGCAUCCCUGCUCUUCUACCUGAGGACUGGGGAAGGGUAGGGCAGAUUUCAGGAAUGACCAUACAGGAGGCAGCUAAGAAACCUACAUGAGCAGCAGCCUGGUCACUCUGGCUGAACUCUGCAAACAGCUAUAGGAUGCUCAAGGGGUUGUGGGAUGCAGCAGGGUCAAGGAGACAGGAUUUCCUUUGCUGACAAGCUGGGAAGAAACAGAUCAGAGAUUAGUGGGUGAGUGAACUGUGCUUUUGCUUUUGUGUUGCUCUAAACAGCUCUGGUGAGAAGCUGAAAUCCCAAAGUCUUUGCUCCUUUUGCCAGAGUGGUGCUUGGUUUACACCAGUCUGGUACAGCCAGUGCCCUCAGGGCUUCCUGGGCUGGACAGGUAGCCUAUGACAUGGGAUGGGGAGAUGCUGAAGGAAACUGCCUCCCCAGAGGUGUCAUUAAAACCACUUUCUUCAGGUCAAUCAGGUGAGUUUUUUUCUUUUAGGAGAUGCUGAAAAGCUCAAGAAAAAGGCAACCAUGGAAAAAGACCCCCAGAGAGGGACCCUCUGCCUGCACAGCUGGUGCUGAGAGUGGAGCAGGGGCUGUGGGGCAGUGCCCCUCUGGGGAAGCUCUGCCCAUACUGCCUUGCUGGUUGCAAUAGUUAAUUUGAGGAACAAUCACUGUAGGGUUUUUUGAGUUUGGAGAUUUUUUUGCCCUUUUGUAUCUGGCUUUUCUGUAGCAGCCUCUACCUGUUUCUCUACUUUGCUUUGGUUGUUUUUCAGGGUUUUCUUUUUUUUUUUCUUUUUUUUUUUUUUUUUUGAGGUUUUUCUUCAGUUGUGAAACACAAGGGUGUGGGUUGGUUACCUGGAGCAGGCAAGUCAGCAGCCCCCAGGCUGGGGAAAUUCAGCUUUUCUGUCCACAGGGAUUUAAACUCCUGAGUUUUGUGGUGGGUUUUGGUCUGUAGAAGUGGAGCUGCCCUGGUGCAGUCAGCCCUGAGCCAUAGGACACAGGCUGCUGCAAGCCCUGCUCUCCACCUUCCUGGGUGUUUUUUGCCGAUUUUUUGUUUAGUGUUUUUUUUUUACGGGGAAGAAAAUUAAAAACCACAAAACCAUGAGCAACAAUGAGUGCCUUGACCAUCUCCCAUUGGUGACGCCUGGCUGUGCCCGUGCUGGGGGCAGGGACGUGGCCGAUAUAUCUGGCAGUUGUACCCACUUUCUUCCUCGCACCACACUGGAUCUUAGCUGGGAACUGCCGCUGGGAGAGAGGGACACAUCCAGGCCACCACGCUGGUGGCUGGAAAGGCCAAAUCCAGUGUGGCUGGCCAAAUCCAGUCCAGCCAGAUGAGGCUGGUCCAGCUCCUGUUGCAGCUGAGCAGGGCCAGGCCUGACAAUCACAGGGUGAGCAGAGACGCUGGGUACCAAACCCAGGUACAAACCCUCCGGCAGCACACUACUGGCAUCCAGCGUCAGGCGCGCUUGCGGCUCCUGGCUGCCCUGACAGUAUUUUUUUUUGCUAACUUCCUUCCCCUACUCCCCUUUUCUCUGUUGUUUUAAUUAUUAUUAUAUUAUUAUUUUUUAUUUAAGCUGUCCCACUAGGACUCGCGACCACUCGUGUCUCUCUGGCAGGGCGGCCGCAGGCAGGCGCGUGCUGCACGGCCGGCGCACCACUGUACUGUACAUAGAGGAGUUGUAGGCACAGGCUAUGGGCAGGGGGGCAGGCAGGGAGGAGGUGCCCGGGCUGGCACACCUGGCAGAGCUUGUCUGCAUCACACAGGACCUGAUCCGAGCACCUCCUGCCCCACUGGGAGAGGGAGAGACCAGAGCUCCAAGCUAGGGCUAGGAGCAGGCGGGCAGCUUGGCCCGUAGCCUCUGUGUACAUGGGUACUUCUGCACACAACUGUCUUAAACCAACUGGUUUUUUUUAAGUCAAUAAAAAUCAUGCAUCAAAUCUA